AUGCGUGCAGUUUAUUGAGCUGGGAGCAGGUACGAUCCAUCAGUCUGGACGGAACAGCGCCGAGAUCUUCACACACAGUAAGUAGACGUGCUAAGCUGCAAUGUUCUUAUUAAUUCUUGCUGCGGUGCUUCUGGCUGCCGGGCAAUCAGCUCCUCUGGCUGACUGUGGCACGCUGACCCAGCAGUUGCAAAUCCAAGGACGGGAUCAGUUCUUGGGCAGGUGGACGUAUGCAGCGGAGAGCACUAACAUUCCAGGAUCCAAAAUGCUUACGAAGAUGUUUGUGGAGAAUGUGUGGGGGGAAGUCUCACCUGCCAAUGAAAGCGAUUCCAUCAGUGUGCGUCAACUUCAGAAAAUGUUCGGCAGCUGCUACAGUGUGACUUCUAAGAUGACCUUGGCAAACAACACUCUCACGAUGGCGUAUCCUCUUGUUGCUUCUGAGGUUCUUCUGACGACCAGCUGCUCUGACUGCAUGGUUCUCCUGUCCAAUUAUACCAUCGGGGAAAGCACGUUCAGUGGGGUUCAGCUGAUGACCAGGCGACCCAAAGUGUUGGCUGCUGAGAUGGACGAGUUUAAGAGACAGGUGGACUGCCUGAACUUACCCCCACCAGCCAUCCUGGACUCAGAAAAAGGCUUUUGUCCAGACGACUCAAAAGACACAGAGACCACCGACCUGACCAGCAUGAUUGCUCAUUCCGACUCAGAAUAUAUGAAACUAUUCGAGAAGCUGGUCAGCAGUGAAGCUGGAAUAAAGACACUUUUGGGUUUGAUUAGCCACUUUGAGCCACCUGCAUAAUCAUCUCCUAAGAGUGACCCAGAUACAAUAAAAGAUAAUAACUUUGACAGCCAAAAGAUAUUGGUGAAUAAAUGCAUGAUUAAUGAUGA